AUGGAAGGAAGCACGAAACUGGAUUCGUCGCAGCUCUCUAGCGCACAAAAGGUUAAGCAUCCUCCAAAGUUACCUUACAAUGUUCCUGAACCGAGGUUUUCCGAUAUAUCUUCCAUACGUCCAAGUGAUGCAACUUUCUCUGUCGACCAAGGAGGUGCAGGCAACAUUGUUGAGAAUUCGCACUCGCACUUCUUGCUUCACACCUGCUUAUUUUGUUAUUUUGUGGAAACAGCAAAAGCAAAUUCGAUCAUCAACCACAAUCCGAGUAUGUUCACAAAAUCUUCGUCGUUCAAGUGUAUGGAUGAUGUUUUCGCCGAGUUGAGCCGAGAAGUUUUGUCUGGAAGUGGAACACCACUUAACAAAGCAUUUGCGAAGAUGGGCUUCAGGCCAACUUACAAGCAGGGUUUUGCUGAUGAUUAUAAUUACACGGUCAAGGAUUUUUCGGAUCUCACCGACGGAGUGAUUUUGGGUAAAAUCAUUAAGUUGGUGACUGGAUGUCCGCCUGGCAGCCUCAUCUCUCGCCUACGCAAUCCAGGGGGAGACCGUUUGAGAAAAAUUGGCAAUGUAAAAGUGUGCUUGCAAACUGCUUGCGAUAGAGGAGUAGACCUAGGAGCGGUCAAGGCAGAAGCAAUUACGGGAGCAAACAAGGAAGCGAUUUUGAAGGUUCUAUGGAGGUUGGUGGGAGUAUACGUGGGAGCAGAUGAGGAGCGCGAUUUACGACGAGCAUCUCUAGCACUGGCCCAUCAAAAUAACAUAUUCAAUCUUGGCGCUGUUCCCGAUGACAUCAGCGGAGAACAAUUCGUUCUUCACAUAUGCAAGCAAAUAGAUAAUAUGGGCCAACUGCGACUGCAAUUUAAACUGUUCCACAAACCGUUGUUUGGUUGGAAAGGUUCAUUCUUUUACACCAGUGGGUGUGAAAUGAUUUACGAUAUAAGAUGA